GGUUUUGUUCUGUUGUGUCCUGUUGUUUGCAUUGCAUUCAUUGCAUUUAUCGUUCAAUUGCGUUCCAUUGCGUUUAAUUAUUUGAACUCGAAAACGAUCUAGUAACUAUCUAGCUUGGUGUUUUGAUUUUGACUUUGAGAUCGUCGUCAAAAAAGCUACCUACGCGAGUAUUAACCUUACUUAAACGCAACGCAACCUCGAAAUUAGUUCAUCGAUAUUCGACGAGUGUGUCGCGGAAAGAUAUAAAAUGGCGGUUACGAUUGAUAGCGGACCGCAGGAUGGACCGGAUAGAAUUGUGUCUGAGAACUCGAGGGAGAGGACGAUGGGAGAGAGAUUGCGGGGGACUGUGAGGGCUUUUACGACCAAGGAGGGGCUGGUGGGGAAUUAUGAUUAUGCCUUCCUCUUUAAACCCAAUCUUCCUUUCAUGAAGAAAUCCAAAAGACGAGCUCCUUUCUUCGGCCUCCAAGAUCGUAUGCCAGUUUUACUAGGUCUUCUUCUCGGAUUUCAACAUGCUCUAUCUAUGUUAGCUGGUAUUAUUACCCCUCCUAUCCUUAUAGCCGGGUCCGCAUAUUUCGACACGGAAACUACUCAAUAUCUCGUUUCUACUUCUCUGAUUGUAUCGGGUCUUCUAUCUGCGGUUCAGAUCACUCGGUUCAAGGUCAUGAAAACACCUUAUUAUAUUGGUACGGGGUUGAUUUCGGUCGUGGGUACUUCGUUUGCUAUCAUCCCUCUGGCUUCAAAGGGGUUCUCACAAAUGUACGCAAAUGGUAUGUGUAAAACGGCGGAAGAUGGAACACCAUUACCUUGUCCAGAGGGAUAUGGUGCAUUACUUGGAACCGCAUCUUUAUGUGCCCUUCUCGAAAUAGGACUCUCGUUUAUGACACCUAAACUUCUGAAGAAACUUUUCCCACCGAUUGUUACGGGUCCCACGGUUAUGCUAAUUGGUGUUUCGCUUAUUCUAACGGGAUUGGAAGGUUGGGCUGGGGGAAGCGGAACUUGUAUGUCGAGGCCUACUUCGGGGGAUUACAUGUUUUGCCCUUCUAAUGCUGCACCACAUCCGCUUCCUUGGGGGUCUGCUGAGUUUAUUGGUCUUGGUUUCUCGGUCUUCAUCACUAUUAUCAUUUGCGAACGUUUCGGAUCACCAAUCAUGAAAUCUCUCGCUGUUGUUCUCGGUCUUUUGGUCGGUUGCAUUAUCGCAGCUGCAUGUGGCUAUUUCGACAGCAGUGGAAUUACAGCAGCUCCAGCCGCAUCUUUUAUCUGGGUUAAAACUUUCCCAUUGAGCGUCUACGGUCCUUUCAUAUUACCUCUUCUAGCCAUCUACCUGAUCCUAAUGAUGGAAGCUAUUGGCGACAUAACUGCCACCUGCGAUGUAUCUCGUCUCCAAGUCGACGGUGUUCUCUUCGAUUCGCGUAUUCAAGGAGGUGUUCUCGCAGAUGGUCUUAACGGCAUGUUAGCCGGGCUCUGCACAAUCACCCCCAUGUCAACCUUUGCUCAAAACAACGGCGUCAUCGCCUUAACACGUUGCGCCAACCGCAAAGCCGGCUUUGCAGCAUGCUUUUUUCUCGUCGUCAUGGGCGUCUUUGCCAAAUUCGCAGCGGCCAUCACGUCGAUUCCAGAUGCGGUUCUAGGCGGCAUGACGACUUUCCUCUUUGCGAGUGUAGCGGUCUCGGGCUUGAGAAUUAUCUCAACAGUGCCGUUUACAAGGAGAACGAGAUUUAUCUUGACGGCUAGUUUGGCGCUGGGAUAUGGAGCGACGCUCGUGCCAACGUGGUUUUCGUAUGUUUUCACGUAUACGGGGGACAAUAAGGCGAAGGCGGGGUUCUUUGAUGCGAUUGUUUUGGUGAUGGAGACGGGCUUUGCGGUCACGGCGUUUGUGGCUGUGGCGUUGAAUUUGGGGUUGCCGGAGGAGGAUGAGGAUGAGGAGGUGGAGAGUUUGGCGGGGGAUUUGGGGGAAAGAGAAGCGGAGGAGAGGGCGUUGGAGGGGAGGGAACUGGGGACGAUGGGGGAACACGGCAGUGGGAGUGGAAGUUUUGAGAUGGGGAAGGCGGGAGAGGUGGGGCUGGGGAGGGAGGGGAAAUAAUUUAACCUGAGAGCGUUUUUGAAUAUUGCGUCGGAUUCGUUUAUGUGUGUUUUGUGGAAAAUAUUGGAUAGUGAUGGGAUGGGAUCUGGAAAAGGAGUUUGGAGGGCGGGUAAAAUCGAAUCUAGUGCAUGAGAGAGAGGGUGAAAAACUAUCGGUUUGGAAAUACUGUGUAGAGCUAAGCGAAAACAAGCUGCUGGCUGGGAUUAAGAGGCUUAUGAAUAGGAACUAUAAUAUAAUGAUCACUUAACUGUAUGUUUAAUGUCAUAUUGGGCUUUUGCUUUGCUUCGGUGUGGAGAGAAUGAUGUGAAUGGGGUGAAUGAGGUUUUAGUUUUACGUCUGAAACUUCA